UCUAAUUUGUUAGCCAAAUAAUGAUUUAAAUUCAUAAUUGUUAAGGCAACAAUAUUUAUUUAUUUAUUUAAACAAUUUUCAACAGUCAAUUAACUACAAAAAUAAUUUGAAUAAAAAUUUUAAAGAUUAAUACUACACUUGAGUGAUGAGUAUUAAUAAAAGUAACAAUUAAAGGCGAUCGAUGAAUAUUUUGAAUAAGGAAAAUAGGUAACAUGCAAAUAACAACUACAACUGAUAUUGCCACAGAAAAAUCAAUAAAACCUGUUGAAGUUAGUCGUAUUGUUUUAUAUCCAGAAAUUUCAAUUACAUAUCCAAUUAGGCCUUGGACAUUUUGGUACAAAAAAGCAACUGUAUUAAAUCCACAACUACCAUGGGAAGAAUACCUUAUCAAGAUUGACACCGUUCGCGAUGUUAAUUAUUUAUGGAAAUUAUUGAAUCAUAUCAUUCAACCAUCAAUUAACCAUUUAAAUACAAGUUUAUUUGUUUUUGAUGAAAAAAGUUUACCUGUAUGGGAACAUGAGACGAAUAGUGGCGCUGGACGAUGGAUUGUAAUAUUAAAACCAAACCGUUGUUUAACUAAGACAUGGAAUAAUUUGGUUCGUGAUUCCAACAUCGUUUUGAAUAGUUUAACAAUUUUAACUUUAUAA